GAACACCGGCUGCUGUCUCUAUUGGUCCCACACGUGUCUGGGGCGGGGCGCACUCACUGCCCGGUUGUGUCCGGGUAAGAUGGCGUUGGAAGAACAGUGCUCGGCACCACCUCGAUGGCGGUCUAUAUCUUUGACACAUAUAGAGUUUGCUGAUGGUGAUCUGACAGGACAAGUGCUGGCCUACAUCAGCUUGCUGCCCAUUGCUAUUCUUGUGGGGUUUGUUACACUCAUAGUGUUCAAGCGGGAAUUACACACAAUAUCAUUCUUCACUGGAAUCCUUCUUAAUGAAGGGGUAAACUGGUUGCUCAAGCACAUAUUCCGAGAGCCUCGCCCAUGUGCAGGAUCUCACUCCAAUGUGCCCACUGAGUAUGGAAUGCCUUCCAGUCAUUCUCAGCUUAUUUGGUUCUUUGUUGUUUACUUCUUCCUAUUUCUUUAUUUGAGAAUGCAUCAAACAAACAAUGCUCGAUGUGUGGAUCUGCUGUGGAGGCACAUAUUGUCAAUCAUACUGUUGGGCAUUGCUUUAUCAGUGUCCUACAGCAGGGUUUAUCUGCUGUAUCAUACAUGGGGCCAGGUUUUCUAUGGUGGAAUUGCUGGUAGUACAAUCGGUAUAAUAUGGUUCUUCUUUACACAAGAGGUGCUGACACCAUUAUUCCCUAAAAUAGCAGCCUGGCCACUGUCAGAAUACUUCCUGGUGCGAGACACAAGCCUGAUCCCCAACAUUCUAUGGUUUGAGUAUACAGUCACACGAUCAGAGGCGAGGAAUAGACAACGGAAGCUUGGAACAAAACUUCAGUGAUGUACUGAAGAUAUUUGGUGACUCCUGGUUUCACAUCAUAGAGAAACACCAAGUUGCAUAAAUUGAAAAGUAAGAAGAAAUUCACACUGGAGCGUUAUUGUUUGGGCUAUCAAGUAAAGGCACAACAGUUUACAGAUUGCUAAAGUGUGCCUCCAGUCUUUCAUUGACUUAAGUCUGAGCAAGUCCGUCCACACACCUCUUUCUUUUACAGCUUGGCCAAAAUGCUCUUCAUGCAUGCAAGACUGUAUGAGAGGUAUCCUAUUUAAUGAUAAAUUAAUAUAUAAUUAUAAUUAUACAUCAUUAUAUUGAAAGAAGGAAAGAAAGAAAACAAACAAGGUGUACGCUGACUGUAAAGGUGUACUGUAAGAAUUCAAAAGGCAAAAUAAGCAUUGUUAAAUGAAAAUGGUGGGUGUAUUUGCAGCAUGCAUUUAGUGAUUCCUUUUUUUAUUAUUUUUUUAUUUCACUGGUUAGCUGAUGGAACAUGUUUGGUAUGGGGCGUGUGGAACAGGUG